CUGAAAGGUCACCCGUCUCUCCAACGUGUAAGAACAGUCCUGAUUAUUACUGCGUGGGGUGAAAAUGGAGACACCGGUUACCAACAUGAAUGGAGACACUCUCCAGGAAUCCAGAUACAUUGAAGAAAGCACUAUCCAAAAUGAUGUGAUCUCCUUGAUUUUUUCUCUCAAAGAAGAAGUUGGAGCAUUGGCUAAGGUCCUGCGCAUAUUUGAGGGAAAGGGAAUAAAUUUGACCCACAUUGAAUCCAGACCUUCCCGACUGAACAAGGACGAGUAUGAAUUUUUCAUCAACCUGGAAAGCAAGAACAUUCCUGCCCUGGAAGACAUUAUCAGGAAAUUGAGAGAUGAGAUUGGAGCAAAUGUUCAUGAGCUUUCACGUGAAAAGAGGAAGGAUGCUGUACCAUGGUUCCCAAGAACUAUUCAAGAACUGGACAGAUUUGCCAACCAGAUUCUCAGCUAUGGAGCAGAACUGGAUGCCGAUCAUCCUGGUUUCAAAGAUCCUGUUUACCGGGCCAGAAGAAAGGAAUUUGCAGAUAUAGCAUACAACUACAGACAUGGGCAGCCUAUUCCCAAGGUUACCUACACGAAGGAAGAGAAGCAAACAUGGGGGACAGUCUUCAGGGAACUGAAGUCUCUGUACCCCACUCAUGCUUGCUAUGAACACAACCAUGUCUUCCCACUCCUGGAGAAAUACUGUGGCUACCAAGAAGACAAUAUUCCUCAGCUGGAAGACGUCUCAAAUUUCUUGAGAAGCUGCACAGGAUUCCGCCUUCGUCCUGUGGCUGGUCUCUUGUCAUCUCGGGAUUUUUUGGCUGGAUUGGCUUUUAGAGUAUUUCACUCUACGCAGUACAUUCGCCACUCAUCAAGACCAAUGUACACACCAGAACCUGACGUUUGCCAUGAACUUCUAGGACAUGUCCCCCUGUUUGCUGAUCCCAGUUUUGCUCAGUUUUCCCAAGAAAUUGGAUUGGCUUCCCUGGGAGCUCCAGAUGACUACAUUGAGAAACUUGCUACGGUUUACUGGUUUACGGUGGAAUUUGGGCUCUGUAAGGAAGGCAAUUCGAUGAAGGCUUAUGGGGCUGGACUGCUGUCCUCGUUUGGUGAAUUGCAGUAUUGUUUAUCAAAUAAGCCUACCAUCGAACCUCUCAAUCUGGAAAGGACAGCAGUUCAGAAAUAUCCCGUUACUGAAUUUCAGCCCAUUUACUAUGUUGCUGAAAGUUUUAAAGAUGCAAAGGAAAAGUUAAGGAAAUUUGCCUCAAAAAUUUUCCGUCCAUUCUCAGUCCGUUACAACCCAUACACUGAAAGGAUUGAGGUCCUGGACAAUGCAAAGCAGCUGAAGAAUUUAGCUGAUGCCAUCAGCAAUGAAAUGGGACUUCUUUGCAACGCUCUACAGAAGUUAAAAUGAGGACGAUGUCUUGGAUGCCUUCUGUUGGUUCCAAGAGCCAUGUGGCAAAAAGGAUUUGAUGAAAGAAAUAUCAAACAUUUAAAAGAAAAAAAAUCAACACGCUGAUAAUUAAUAUAAUGCAGGAAUGUAGCACAUGCUUAUUAAAGGGUGUAUCCAAGAAAGCCUUUCCACCCAUAAAACGGACGCCACUGGCAGCUCAACUGCCCCUGGCAAUCCUCUGUAGCCUUUCUGGGGUCUUUUGUGUGCUUGCUGUGGGUUGCAGUAGAGAGGAGGGAAAGGAAGUUCCUAUUACCAGAGUGGAAGUCCAUCUACAUAAUGUUGGACAUAUGUAUAUGUUUUGGCAUAUAACAGUUCAAUGUAAAAUGCAGUUGUGAAACAAAGGUGGGGCAUCCUUCGUAGCUUUGCUUUUCUGCUUUAUAAGAUCUAUCCAUGAUGCUGAACCUCAUUCCCAAACUGCAUUAACCUCUACAGAGCACUGUGGAUUGUUCCCAUGAAGCUAAAGCUUGAGGAAAAAUAAUAUAAUAGGAGCGUUUAGCUAGCCUGGAACAAUGGAGUAGCAUCCAUUCCCUCCUGCCCGUGCCACGCUACUUUCUCUCUUGGGAGAGAUAC